AUGAAGAUCCAGAUCAUCUCAGACCUUCACUUAGAAUCUCCUGCUGCAUACGAUGUCUUCGAAAUCAACCCCAAGGCGCCGUAUCUAGCGCUACUGGGCGAUAUUGGCUACGCCAAAGAUGAGGGGCUGUACGAAUUCCUCCGCAGACAGUUAAAAGCCUUCCGCAUUGUCUUUCUGGUGCUGGGCAAUCACGAAGCGUAUAACAUCAGCUGGCCAGAGACAAAGUCCACCAUCAGCCGGUUCAAAAAGAGAAUGGACCACAUUCGAGGACGCGGCGAAGAGCUCGGUGAACUUGUUAUUCUGGACCAAACCCGUUAUGACAUCUCACCAGCCACCACCAUCCUUGGAUGUACUUUGUUCUCGCAGGUGGCCCAAGCACAAAAGGAAAGCGUCAGUUUCGGUCUGAAUGACUUCUACCUCAUCGAUGACUGGACAAUCGAAGCCCAUCAAGAAGCGCACGCUGCCGAUGUAGCAUGGCUAAACCAGCAAAUCGAUCACAUCUCGCGCACCGAGCCUGAGCGCAAAGUGGUCGUGUUUACCCAUUUCUGCCCAUCAAUCGACGAUAAGGUUGCCGAUCCCAGACAUGCUAACAGCAAGAUCUCCUCGGCAUUCAUGAGCGACCUUUCGGCCGAGCCGUGUUGGGAAAAUCGGGCUGUCAAACUUUGGGCUUUUGGGCAUACACAUUUCAAUUGUGACUUUCAAGACGCGAAGACCGGGAAAGCAGUAACCUCGAAUCAAAGAGGAUAUUACUUCUCCCAGUCGGAAGGGUUUGAUUGUGACAAGACAUUUGAAGUGUAG